AUGUGGAGAUCAUGGAAGUUGAAGCUACCAGAUGCUCUAUGGGCAUACCGCACAGCAUACAAGACACCCAUUGGCAAGUCACCCUACGAGAUCGUCUACGGGAAAACUUGUCAUCUACCCGUGGAACUGGAACACAGAGUGCAUUGGGGUAUCCGAAGAUGGAACAUGGAUUUAAAACAAGCCGGAGAGCACCGAAAGCACCAGAUCUCGGAACUAGAGGAAUGGAGGGACAAGGAUUAUCACAGUGCCUCAAUCUACAAGGAGAGAACCAAGAGAUGGCAUGAUAAGCGGUUGAAACCUAAGGUCUUCAACCCAGGAGACAAGGUGCUGCUGUUCAUCUCUAGAGUCAAAUUGUUUGGUCACGGGAAGUUACGCAGCAAGUGGCUGGGACCAUAUCGCGUCAUCGACACAUCACCUCAUGGAGCUAUCACGAUACAACAUGACGAUGGGAACGCCUUUAAGGUAAAUGGUCAACGCCUCAAGCUUUUCUUAGACCAUAACAAAGCUCUUGAUGAAGAAAUAGACGUGAUUGACUUAGUCGAUCAUGAUCAUAUAUCUAAUUAA